AUGGCGGACAUCCUCACACAACUACAAACAUGUCUAGAUCAACUCGCAACCCAAUUCUACGCAACCCUCUGCUACCUAACAACCUAUCAUGACCACUCCGCCGCAAUCCGCCCCUCCAAUAUCCCCACCGCAAUCCCACAACUGAAAAAGAUCCCCAAAAAUCCUCCUCCCGGCAUCUCUGCCGCCACCGCCACGACAACAACGACAACAGGUGGAACUGCCUCCACUCCCCAACCACAACAGCAACCCAACACCCCUGUUGCUGAACAAGCAGCUCAACAACAGCAGUCACCCACAGAACCUACCCCAGACACCGCCGAGGUCUUCGCGCAGCGUCAGCGCGAGCUAGCACGCGAUCUUAUCAUCAAGGAGCAACAGAUUGAGUACCUUAUCAGCGUGUUGCCGGGGGUGGGGAGUAGUGAGGCGGAGCAGGAAGAACGGAUUAGACGGCUUGCAGAGGAGUUGAGAGUUGUCGAGGCUGAAAGGAGGGUGAAGAGGAGAGAGAUGAGGAGGCUGGGGGAGAUGGUUGAUGAGUUAUUAGGUGCCGUGGAAGGGAGGGGGUAA